GGGGGCUCCCCCUGGGGCCAGCGGGGCCGCUCCUGUCCUGCCGGCCUGCUCCGGGGGGAGCCAGGAACAGCCCUGCGGCCUGGCUUGGGCUGGGCUGCGGGCGGCUUCUCCGGUCUCCUUCGGGAAAAAAGCUUUAUAAUCCCUGGCUGCCUUUACCAUCCGCUUGGCUGCAAGUCCCGCUCUGCAAGCGGCUCUCUCAGACUCUGCCCAGAUGCUGCUUAAGACGCGUGCUGCAGGAAACUAGGUUUUCUGCUCACUUCUAAGAAAAAAAACAACAACAACUGUGAAUUAUGUAGGAUGAGGAUGGUUGUAAGGUUGGUCACCUCCAAAAUGUUGUCUCAGUGUCUGUGCCAACUUUACAAGUGUCUGUUUCUGCACAACUUAAAACUGAACUCAGUAACCGCGGCCACUUUGGCCAGAUGGAUCCAUUCUUCAGAAAAAAAGCUUUCUGACUGUGAAUUAAAUAAACAAACCAUCCAGCAACGUGAAAAAGAAGAGUUACCUGAAAGUACAGAAAACAAUAAUUCUGGAAGAUUGCACAUACCAGUGAUGCUGGAGGAGGUUGUUAAUUGUUUAUCUCCUCAGCCAGGCCAGGCUUCUCCGAAGUGGUAUUACCCUGCUGUGUGCUGUAAAGUGGAAAUAAAUGUCAUUGUUGCUAAGUGUUUCCUUGACAUGACGUUUGGAGCUGGAGGUCAUACUAGAGCUCUGCUAGAGAAAGCCAGAGACAUCACUGUCUAUGCACUGGACAGAGACCCCACAGCUUAUAAAAUAGCUCAGCAGCUUUCAGAAUCCUACCCGAAGCAGAUUCGAGCUCUUCUUGGGCAGUUUAGCCAGGCAGAGGCUUUGUUAAUCUCCUCUGGAGUUGAGCCAGGGACUCUAGAUGGAGUUCUCUUCGAUGCUGGCUGUUCUUCUAUGCAAUAUGAUACACCUGAAAGAGGUUUUUCCCUGAAGAAGGACGGACCUUUGGACAUGAGGAUGGAUAGUGACAGGUGCCCCGACGUGCCCACGGCCGCCGAUGUUGUCAACGCUUUAGAUCAACAGGCGCUUGCGUCCAUCCUGAGGACGUACGGGGAGGAGCGGCACGCCAGGAAAAUCGCCUCAGCCAUCGUUCAGGCACGCAGCAUAUACCCCAUCACCAGGACCCAGCAGCUUGCAAGCAUUGUUGCAGGUGCAUUUCCAGGAUCAGCACUGUAUGCACGGAAAGACUUGCUUCAGAGGCCUACACAUGUUGCUACUAAAACUUUCCAAGGCCUACGAAUAUUUGUAAAUGAUGAGCUCCAUGAACUCUUACUAGGGCUGAAGACAGCUGAGAAGUUUCUAAAACCUGGAGGUCGCCUUGUAGCCCUCUCCUUUCAUUCCCUGGAAGAUCGUAUCAUCAAACGUUUCCUUCAUGGAAUAGACAUGACAGAAAAGUACAAUCUUGGCUCAAGGCAGAAGAUAAGACAGGCUCUCAAGAAUUGCUCCAAAGAAGAUACAGAAGAAUUUCCCAAUGGAAAAUCCAACUCGAGAUGGAUUUUUAUACAGAAAAAAGUUCUCACACCUCAGGCCAAGGAUAUUCAAGCAAACCCAAGAGGAAGAUCAGCCAAGUUGAGAGCUGCUAUUAAAUGUUAAAACAGAAGAUAUGAUUUUAUGACUGUAUAAUUUCCUUAAUUUUUUUUUUUCCAGAAGGCUAACUGGACAGAUAGUAUCAAACUGAAAAAUAAAAUGAAGGCUAUUAGAAAA